CCCAGAACAUAUCAAGAUAUUCUAUUAAAACAUCUGUUAUUUGCUGGGCAGUCUCGCACGUAGAAAGUACUAUUUCAUCUGAGCUUUCAGUCCUAUAGUCUAAGUGCUUCUACACUUCAAGAGUGCUGAUCUGUCUGUACACAUUAUCAGCCCAUAGGACCUAUUCAACUGAUAAAGAAUCAAGUAUCGGAUUCAACAAAGAAUGUCCACUCCAGGAGAGGCCCCAGAGGCAGCAAAAAGCGAAGAGAAAUUCGACGUUUACAAAUAUCUUCCUAAUUACCCGUACUAUCGAUCGGGACAGGAAUUGCGGGCCUUUUUUGCGGCUGCUAGGGAGCAUCCAGAGGGUAGACGGCGAUUCAUGGACGACGACAGCUAUUAUAGCCAGCCGAAGUUCGGAUUCCUGGAUCAUUUCCACGACGUCGAUGAUAAACCAGUCCAGCCCUUGAUGACUUACCUGGUCCUUCGGGGACUGUUGAAUACUCCAGAAAAAAUCAAAAAAGCCGGAAAUCUAGAAUCGGUUCCGUCCACAACGACAGCCACCGUGGACUCAUCUACAAAUAAUGAAUCUGUUCAGGUUUGCUGUAUCCCAGUAGAGGUUCGUUUUGAACUGGAGGCCAAGACACCGAUGGAAAGGAUUGGGGUCAACGUGGAUGGGGUAGGAAGAGGAGCAUACUUUGUUCCGGGAAACAGCAAUAUGUAACCUUUUGGUCGCUCCUCCCUAUUGAAUCAUUUAUUGUUUACUUUGCUUUUUUACGUUAAUUCGUAAACAUGAUGCCCUUUUACUCUUUGUAUGUUACAGAGAUAGAUACUGGGUUCAGAAGCUUAAUCACUUAUUCACAAUGUCAUAUAAAUUUGGCAUUGAGAUUGAGACC